AUGGCAUCCACAGGCAUCUCGCCCAAAGAAGAGCUCGCCUUCCGCCGGGGCGCUCUAGACGGAAAGCAAAUGGGCCCCAAGGAGCGCGAGGAGAUGAUAAAAGCCCACCUACCGCCCGAACCAACCUCUUCGUCGCCCUCGCCCUCAAGGUCCGGCUCAAAACAGCGCAAGCGUCGGCGGUCCUCGCAACCGAAGCUCAAACACGGUCGAGUCCGCGCAUUCCUCCACUUCCUCAUAUACCAAACUAUUUCCCUCAUUUUCUCUGUCUUCUUCCGCUUCCGCCGCGCAUGGCGCCUCUCCUGGUACAAGAUGCGCGCUAUUAUGGGGCACCACCACCAUACGCCUGAGUGGAUAGUGAGCGAUGUGAGGAAUGUGGAGCGGUUGCCGAAUCAUUUGAGUGUUAUUCUGGACUACAAUGAGGAUGACGAGGACCAGGGGACUGCUGGGGUAGAGGGGCUGCUUAACGACGUGUGCGAGAUCGCUGCGUGGAGCGCGGCUGCGGGCAUCUCGUUCCUGAGCAUCUACGAAAGGAAGGGCGUACUUAAGAACUACCUCCCGCAAACCCACGCCGCCAUCUGGAAGAGCCUCGAGACAUACUUUGGCUCCCGCCGCCGCCCUACCCUCACCGUCAAGGCGCCGCAUAUGACAUCCUACUCUCCGCCCGCGACACCCAACUCCGAGCCCACGGAGAACGGCGCGUCCACCGCGCGCCCCCACAUAACUGUGCUGCUCCUCUCCGAACACGACGGCCGCGACACGCUCAUCGACCUGACCGUAACGCUCGCCCAGAUGGCGCAGAAAGGCGACGUCGGCAUCAACCAAAUCGACUCGAACCUCAUAGACGCGGAGCUGAGCGACCACGUGAGCACAGAGCCCGACCUUCUCAUCCUCUUCAGUCCGACCGUGGUGCUGAAAGGGUAUCCGCCGUGGCAGCUGCGGUUGACGGAGAUAUUCCACCUGCCCGACAACAAAGGCGUAAACUACCAAGUUUUCCUGCAAGCCCUCCAGAAGUACGGAAAAGCAGAAAUGCGUAUGGGCAGGUAA